AUGACAGAAAAUAACAAUUCUAGGGAGGAUUUCUACAGAGACUCAAACGCAACUAAUACGACCGACAAUAACGAAAUCAGGAACAUCAGCAUCGACAACAACAACAAAAACAACAUCAACAACAACAUCAACAACAACAUUUUCAACAAAACUCACGCCACAGAGAGCAGCAUCAACAACAACAAUCCCGAAGUAAAUUACGACGACAAGACGCGGAGCGCUAAAAACAACAUCAACAACAACAACAACAACAACAACAACAUCAACAUCAUCAACAUCAACAACAUCAACAACAACAUCAACAACAACAACAACGACAACAACGACAACAUCAAAAACAACACAUCCACCAACAUCAGCAGCAGCAGCAACGACAACAACAACUCCUCUGAUCAAGAUUACGAUUACAACAGCCUCUACCAAAACAUAAAGUACGUUUUCGAUGUCUUCACCAAAGAAUUUCGCACGGGUUUUACGUUGGAAAAGCUACAAGAAUUCUUCUACAAUUUCAAAAUGGAGAACUUCUUCGCAACCAGCUGGGGCAUACUGUUCUCUUGUCUUGUUACCAUGAUAUUCGCGAGUAUCAUCUUCACCUGUAUCACCUAUGACGACGACGAAGACGAGGACGAUGAUGAUGAUGAUGACGACGACGACGAUGAAUCGUCCUAA